AUGGAGCUAUUGCAUGGCGUGCAUGCUGUUGAGGUCACUCCAAGCAAAGAGGAGCAAGAAAAUGGUGCAGAUAUUCUUGCGAGGCUGGAGCUGACAACUUCUCAAGAAGCUGUACGGGAUUUCGAGGAAGUUGGAGCGAAAUUGCUCAGGACCAUGAUCAACGAGAUCACGAGUAAGGAACAGAUCGCACGGCUUCAGGAUGCGCUAGCGAAAGCUCAGUCAGCAGCCGCCCUUCCAGAUGUUUCAAUUGAUCUGCAGCCUUUACGAGUGUUUGAACUCGUUCUGUCGCAAGACGAACGAAUCGAGGCGCUUCAUAACGUGCUCGUGACCGCGCAGGUGCUCAGACCUGAUUACGUCUUCACCUUCGAAGGAUGCAGUGGGCCAGAAAUUUACCAAGAUCCGCAAUACCUUGUCUUGAAGCAACUGGCAGACCACUGCGCUGGAGUGAGACGAUACAUAGGGCACACGACGGACCGCCGUUACUUUCCAACUAUGGUGUUUGCCGGCAUUCCAGGCAUCGGCAAGACCCGCGCCAUGCACGAGUACUUCAAGUUCGCCUACACGCAGCAGCAGGGCGAGGAGGUUUUCGUGCCGCUCUACGUGACCUACAACAACUUAACGCAGUUCUCUCCGCUUGAUGUCGCACUUGGUGGCUCGUUGAGCAUUGCGUAUCGCGUGCUUCUUCAGUAUCUCGUUGGUGGGUCAUACUGGUCCGUCGACAAUGUGAACAGGCUUCGUCAAGUUAUAGGCGCUGUGACGCUUUCCGAGGUCCUUGCGAUCAUUGCACUUCACGCACAGAAGUACCCGCCUAAUUGCAGAGCACUGGGGGAAGCACCCGUUGUUGAUCCCGCAACUGCUGCUGGCCAAGUCACUCGUCGACCUGUCAUGUUCGUGCUUGCUCUUGACGAGUUCCAGCGUUCUUUUGGUUUUCCUGACACUGUUUUACAGCCCUCGCCCAAUCCGUUCUUCCAGAAUGUCUUCAUUGCGUUAGCGUCGGCCGCAAUUCCUGCCACGCGAUUCUACCAUUGCACGUCGUUGUUCGCCGGACUGCUCUACCAGCCUUUCGCUGAAGUCGUCAUCAUGUCGUCAUUUGAAAGCAACAGAGUGUCGCUCCCCCCUUUGACAUUCGAGCAAUCGAGAUCAUGGCUAGCAGGCGCAGUUGCUCGAACCAAGGCAACAGGAUGGUCGGCAAGUUGGCCUGCCGGUUAUGAUCCUGUGACCGAUGAAACCGUUCUUCGACUGCUCAUUUACGUUUCUGGGCACCCCAGCAGUUUGAUUGCUCUGUUCGACGCUUUGCUGAAGACUUCUCCCACUACAUCCGCCGGUCAAGCAAGCAUCAUGGCGCUUGACCUCGACUUCAUCCGGACGGAAAUUCUGCAUCCUCUACGCGACAGAGUCAAAGACUCACCGUUGCAGCUCAUCGAAAAGCUGUUGUGGUGCGGUUUGCGAUCAAUGCCGAAAGUCACUCUCGCCGUUCCGUUCCACUACAGCGUCACUCCUGAGGAGUUGGAACAGCUGUACAUCGGCUCGUUCAACAAUGCUGGUACUUUGGUUCUUAUGUCUCUGCCUGUUGUGGACGCGUUACUCCAGCGCUUGGAAAAAAUCUUCAGGGACAACAUUGGCAAGCAGCCUCCAUUCUGGUGGAAGGCGUUGCGCAUUGUCGUCAACUGCAGCUUUGCGUCAGGCAAGAGCUCAAAAAGCUUUGAGACGGCCUGUGCUGCCGCCUACGCUCUUCGUCUUUGCACCUUCGCCAAGUACUGGCCUCCCUCGGAAGAAACGCGUCUCUCAGAUCUGCACGCCGGAGCUGCAUUUGCCACAUUGUCAAAACUCACCGACAUGAAAAUCAAGCUUCCUGCACCAGAGUCGAUCAGAUUGGUGGAUUUCACGGGGAAAAACCAGGCGCUUCAGCGCGCGGACGCAAACGUUGGCCACAUUUGCUACGACCAGCUCCACACCGCGUGCGUGGACUUUUGGACGGUUCACGACACGCUCACCCAGGUACAUCAAUAA